AUGAAGGCUCGUUUCCUGCUUCAACGGGCGGCACUUCGCCUGCCAGUUCCUCGCCCUCGUCCUGCAACUGGACUCAACAAUCUCAAACCCCUGUCAAUCACCCGAUCUGCCACCACAACAAAAGGCGACGCCCCCAAUGCCUCGAACGUGGCAAAGGACAACCCCCAGUCUACGUCUGGCCAGAACAAGAACAUAAACGAGUCGAGGGCUGCGGGGGAUGUCCCCCAGGACACUGCUAGUGUAGCACGGCCGACUGAGCAGCCCAGCUCAGAAGGUGGCCAAGACGAAGUUCAGGGCUCCGAUCCAGUCAAAAGAGAUCCCAAUAAGCCCGCUCAGCAGAAGAGGCACGAGGUUGAAAAGGAAGGACAGAAACCCUUGGAUCCUGCAGACAAGUGA